UUUUCUUAAGCUGGUGGUCUUUGCAGUUCGUCAGCUAGCUCUCUGGUGGCGCUAUGUCAUCACAUUCUACCUAAGAUAACAAAAGCGCUGGUUAAUGCUACAGAUAGCUGCUCCGUUUGGUUCUCUACAGUCUAGACUCCACAUCGUUAUUAGCUUAGUCCGCUAGUUUAGCUGUAUCUUUUUUUGACAAAAUGUCAACUACGACCGGCGGCGGAGAGUUUGGCAACCCUCUACGGAAGUUUAAACUCGUAUUUCUGGGUGAACAGAGUGUGGGGAAGACCUCUUUGAUUACCAGGUUCAUGUAUGACAGUUUUGACAACACUUAUCAGGCAACAAUUGGCAUCGACUUUUUGUCAAAAACCAUGUACCUAGAAGAUCGCACGAUCCGGCUACAGCUUUGGGAUACAGCUGGACAAGAGCGUUUCCGCAGCCUCAUCCCAAGUUACAUCCGAGAUUCAGCCGCCGCUGUGGUGGUUUAUGACAUAGCCAAUCUCAACUCCUUUCAGCAAACUUCAAAAUGGAUUGAUGAUGUCAGAACAGAGAGAGGAAGUGAUGUCAUAAUCAUGCUUGUCGGUAACAAAACAGACUUGGCGGAUAAAAGGCAAGUUUCUGUUGAGGCGGCAGAGAGGAAAGCUCGUGAACUCAAUGUGAUGUACAUAGAAACCAGCGCCAAGGCUGGUUAUAACGUCAAACAGCUGUUCCGACGUGUUGCCGCCGCUUUGCCUGGGAUGGACAGCGCACCGGAGAAGAGCAAAGAGGACAUGAUCGACAUCAAACUGGAGAGGCAGCCAGAGAUGACUGUUACGGAGAGCAGCUGCUCAUGCUAGUACACUCUGGUCCCUACCAGCCUGUCUCCCUCCCACAAACAGCUUUUCUCUUUGUAGCCACUCUCUUCACCCACCCUGAUGGAGGAACAUUCUUUUACUUUCUCCUUCUUCUCAAUUCAGUGACUUUUCAAAGUAACUGUGUGGAUGUGCAUUACUGUACUCAACCUGAUUCACACAUUUAAGGUAAAGAAUAAGUUAGACCAAGAUGUUCAGGUUUUCAUCCAGUUGCAUGACUUUAUAUAGGAUUGCAGACCAACAUAGCUAACCGCUCUUGAGUUAUUGCACAGUUCUGAUCUUAGUGCUGUUACUCUUGUUGUUGUAGAGUUAAACUGCUUGGGGUUAUGUACAUGACUAAGAUUUUUAUUUUAUUUUUUUGUUUUUUAAAAGAGAAGAAUUUGCUUGCAGCGAUCUUUGACGGCUUAUUUCCUGUCUCACUUUGAGGAAAUACAGACGGAGUGCGUUCAUCACUUUAGAACUAUCCUGUUGCCAAUCUGCCGCCAAACACUCAUCUUAUAUCAAAAAGGAGGAAAUACUGGUUUAUGAGGCAAACUUGACAAACCAAACGUCAGAUCGCUUUGAAAGCAGUGCUGCAAAAGGAUGCUUAACAAGGGAAUUGAUGUCCAUUGUUUCCAUUGAGAACCCCCCUCCAAAUGUCAUUUAAAAAUAUCAGUAACUACCAAUAAACACAGCAAGUGUUUGUAGUUUUGUUAAAGCAGCUGUAUGCAUGCACCUGAGGAGUGAUCGAUUAUUUGAUCGCCUAAAUGAACAAAGUUCAGAAACGCCUGGUGUUUCGGGUUUUCUAAUCAGGCCUCACUUUGAAGGCUGACCGACUUAACCGCCAUCUUCAUUGUUGUUUUGUGUUGAUUACACCACUUUGAAAAGCAUGCUCACCAUGCAGGAUGUCUAUGGAUAAGAACACCGAUGCCUUGCUUGUUUGUUCACCAUGUUGUGCACUAAAUCAAGCCACAAUAUUGUAAGAUAUCAAAGAAGCCCGCUGACUGGUUCCUGGCUUCACUAGUUGUUUAUUAGAGCUGGUAGGUAGAUGUCCUCAGAUCCAGCUAAUGCUUACUAACAACCUUGCUGUUAAAAAUAAAAGAAAAGAAAAACAGUGCAGAGAUGUUAGUGGAGUAUUUUUCCUGUGCGGCUGUUGCCUGUGUCUGGCCUUUGGUUUCAUGCAUUUAUUUAUUUUGUAAAUUGGACCGACAUUGUUUGCUUGACCCCAAAGUACAAAGGCUGACACGCAUGGUUAUUUUUAUUUAUUGUUGCGUGUCCGCUGUGGCUCCACAUGCCUGUUUUCUCCUGUGUAGUGGGCUUGGUUAACAGCAACGUUAUCUUCACUGACACAAGUGUUAACACAAGUCAACAAACUAACCACACAACAACAAAAAGCCACCGGUCACCGGCUGAUGCUUUUGUUUUGACUUUUUAUGGCUUUUUAAAAGGAUGAUUUAAAGAUUGAAUUGCAUUCCAUUUUAUCAUGAGCAGCUCUUUACUUGUCACAGACUAAAUACUCAGCUUUGUCCUAUUCUGAAUGGUGUCUGUCUAUUGGAAAUAUGUCCACUCGUGUUUAGGAACGUUUGUGUGAAUAAUGUACUAUUACUAUCUUAUGUAUAAAAAGGAGAGUUAAUGAAACACAAGUGUAGGCCUAUCACAUAAAGAAAAUAAAGAUAUUUCACCAAAAGAA